CUCGAAAUGUUAUUAGACACUUAUUUAACCUCAAAAACAUGUCAUCAAAGAAAAAUACAGAUGUUUUUCAAAGAAACGACUUAAUUCAAGCUGUGGUUAUAGCAAACACAUUCGGACAUGAAUUUUUACCGAUUUCCAACAAUAUUCCAUUGGCAUUAUUUUCGGUUGCAAAUAAACCACUAAUUGCAUCAACAUUAGAGUUUUUAGCCCUUGGUGGUGUUGAAGAAGUUUUCCUUUUUUGUACAGCUCACGUUGAACUUAUUAAAGAUUACAUAAGAGGAAAAGAAAAUGCAAAUACAAUUUGGUGCUUAUCCUUGAAAAUACAUGUAAUAGUAUCUGAGAGUUGCGUGUCUUUCGGUGAUUGUAUGAGGGAUUUAGAUGCAAAAGGUUUAUUGCGAGGGUAUUUCGUUUUAUGCGAAGCCGGAGUUAUAUCAAAUAUUAACUUAUUGCCAAUCAUGCAAAAACAUAAAGAAACUUGUCAGAAAGAUAAAGGAGCUGUUAUGACUUUAAUUUAUGAAGAAUCAACAACGGGGCAAUAUGGUCGAUGUCCCACCGAAGAAAUUGUGGUUGCCUCUAACCUACAAAACCGGAUUUUAUUUCAUAAGAAAAUCGGCUUGACUAAAACAAAGCGAAUUGAUAUCCCUUUAGAGAUUUUCUUAGAAAACAAUUGCCUUUCAAUUAAUCAUAACCUCAAAGAUACUCGCAUCGCAAUUUGUUCCCAAGAAGUUUUACCACUUUUUUCUGAUAAUUUCGAUUUUCAAACGCGCGAUGAUUUCAUUAAGGGAUUACUUUUAAAUGAAGAAAUUAUGGGAAGUACAAUUUAUUGGCAUCCAUUGAAAGGAAAUGAACAUGGAGGGGCCAUCACUAAUUGGCGGAUGUAUCAAGCAACAUGCCGAGAAAUGAUGAAUAAUUGGUAUUGUCCAAUUACUGCAGAUGUAACCCCGUGUUAUUCAAUCGAACGUGAAGUUUUAAUAGGAAAAAAUUGUUCGAUUUCAAAAACUAGUACCAUAACCAAUUCGAUAAUUGGAAAUAACUGCAAAAUUGGUGAUAAUGUAAAAAUCGAAAACGCUUUUACAAUGGACAACGUUGAAAUUUACGAUAAUUCCACAAUUAAUCACAGCGUUAUUGGCCCUAAUUGUGUUAUUAACGAGAACUGUGUAAUUACGAUAGGAAGCGUUUUAGGGGGUGGGGUUGUUUUACCGAAAGAUAGUUUUGUUGAAAAUAGUUUGAUACAAGCCACAAAACCGGAGGAAGAAGAAGAACAUGGCGAUUUAGUUUCGAAAUUGGGCGAGAAAGCUUUUCGAAUACCUUUUAUUGAUGAUGUGGAGGACCCCGACGUUUUAGGAACUCGUUUAGCGGUUAAGUUUUCAAAAAUGCAUCUUUGUGAUGAAGUGGAAAAAUCAGAUGAGGAUUAUUUGGAUAGUAGUAGUGAUUCUGAAGGAUCGUUAUCGCAUAUUCAUUCGCCUGUACCUGACGAUACGAGCAUGUUUUUCAAUGAAGUGAUGGAUAGUUUAUCACGAGGAUUUGAAGAUAAAUUACCUUGCGACAAUUUAAUCCUUGAAAUUAAUUCUUCACGAUACGCAUACAACGUCACAUUGAAAGAGGUUAAUUAUUUCGUUGUAAAAGCGAUUUUAAACUUGCCCUUCCACUAUAUGAACAAAUCUUCGUAUUUAUUAGCUUUGCGUUCAUCAUUUUUGUAUUUUUCGCCGAUUUUAAAGAAUUAUAUUAGGAAUCAUUCGGCGAUGGAAGAUUGCCUUCAAGCGAUUGAGGAUAUGGCUUCAUCUAAUAAUGAAAUAUCAGAUUCUAUAACGAAUAUUUUAAAUUUUUUGUAUGAUAAAGAUUAUUUGGAAGAAGAAAUUAUUAUAGUGUGGUCAAAAAAACUGGAAAAAGGGACAAGAUUAAGCGAAAAAGUGGCACCUUUUAUCGAUUGGUUACAUGAAGCUGAAGAAACUAGUUCUUCCGAUGAAAGUGAAUAAAAAUAUUAAGAAAAAAAUAUAAAAUUUAGUUUU